AUGGAUGAGAAAAAAAUGAUAAUUCGUAUGAAAGGAGGCCGUGACAUCCUAGAAGGAACGCUUAUCCUCCGCGAUUCUGAAGAGAAACAUCCUUUUCUGUGUUCAAGGAUACCAAAGCCAGAUGAUGAAGAUAAAAUACCCGAAAAACUAAACAAAAACAAUUCGUUUUUAAACGUCGAGUUCCCUUCAACGACAACUGAGCAACCAGAUGAGCUCAUAACUCGUCAGGCAGAAGGAAGAACAGGCACCUUCCCUGGGGAGGAAACAGAAGAUGGCCACACACAUAAAGCCCUUACACAUCCGGAGGAAGGAAGUGACCAAACAACACAUAAAUCGGUUAUAUCCCCGGAAGAAGGAACAGGAAGCGGGGUUUAUAGCGGCGGCACAACACAUAAAGCGACUCAGUUCCCGAAAGAAGGAACAGGAGACGGAAUCCAUGGUGACCAAACAACACAUAAAGCAGUCGUAUUCCCGGAAGAAGGAACAGGAAGCGGGGUUUAUAGCGGCGGCACGACACAUAAAGCGGUUAUAUCCCCGGAAGAGGGAACAGGAGGCGGAAUGCAUGGUGGCGGCACAACACAUAAAGCGACUCAGUUCCCGAAAGAAGGAACAGGAGACGGAAUCCAUGGUGGCAGCACGACACCCGAGGCGGUUACAUUCCCGGAAGAAGGAACAGAAGGCAGUAUCCAUGGUGUGACCGAAAUAGGAGAAGGAGCUACGUCUCCGGUGGAGAUGACUGGACCGACUCGGAAAACAACGAGUUCACACAUUGUGAGCUGA